UUCAAGGUGUUUUCGUUGUCGGUCAGAACAUGGCAUUAGUAAACGAAAGUCGAAGUCAUCGAGUAAGAGUCGAUUUUAAUCAAACUGAGGUGACUGCAGUCGAUUCCAAAAAGUCGAGUUUUUUCAACGAAAAGUCGAUUUUUGACUAAAGUCACAGUCGUCUUUUCCAACCCUAAUUGAUUUCGUCAACGCUGGAAUAAUAGCUAUUAUGGACAUAGGAGAUCCGAAUUUACGACCUCUGUGUAUACUGGGUGAAGGAAGUUUUGGGCAUGUAUUUCUUUGUAAGUGUAAAUUGGACUGUGGUGCACAGUAUGUUUGUGUAAAGCGUAUACGAAUUCGCCAGCCCAACCAAGAGAUGAAAAUGUUGAUGGAUGAGAUUUAUAUUAUUUCUCAAUUAAGACAUCCGAACAUUAUUAAAUUCUUCAGAGCAUUCGUAUACAGAAGCAGCGUUAACAUUGUUAUGGAGUAUGCAACAAAUGGUACAGUGCGAGAUGCAAUAAACGGAAACAUUAAGCACUUCCCUCCUAUUAAGAAAAAUAUGUUCUAUUCUAUUAUAUUUGAUAUUCUUUUGGGACUUGAGUAUUUACAUAUUCGACAUAUAAUUCAUAGAGACCUCAAGCCUGAAAAUAUACUCUUGGACAAGGAAAAUAGGAUUAAGAUAGCUGAUUUUGGUAUUUCGACCGUCCACAGCUCACAUAAUCCAACAAAAGGUCUUAUUGGCACAUAUUAUUAUAUGGCGCCAGAAGUAAUGAGGGGAGAAAGACAUGACUUUAAAUCAGAUGUUUGGUCAUUGGGAUGUGUUUUGUAUGAAAUGUGUAAUGGUGUUAGUCCUUUUCAAAACGCUAAGAACUUAAUUGAUUUAAAGGGUUUAGUCCUAAGCAGUGCUCAAAAUGGUCUUAACUUUGGUUCGAUAAGUCAUUGUUAUGGAAUAGAGUGGGGUUGUCUUUGCGAAAAAAUGCUAAAUGUUGAUGCGAAGAAACGUGUGUCGGUUUAUAGCAUUGUCACUGGCAAUCCAAGAAUUGCGAUUUCAUACUACAACAAUUAUUUUAAAUGCAGCAAAUAAACUUGCAAGUUAAUUUGUAUUGUAAGCUUUAACUUCUCUGUACAGUUGAAUGCGAGCGUGAACGUGAACUUUUUAUUUUGACCGAUAUCUUUGUUAUUACUUCACUCUUUGCAAUAGUUAUUCAGACCGACUCUGAACAGAAACUCCCUGGGAGUUUUCGGGGAAAUGCUUCUCCCUGAGAGUAAUUGUUGGAGUAUUCCUUUCUCGGGAGAAACAAAUUCCCGGAGAACAAACUCCCUGGGAGUAUUCAGAAUUGGGCUGAUUAUGUAAAGAAAGAAAACGAAACUAUCUUUCAGAAGUAUAAAAAAAAAACUUAUUUAAAGUUUAUUAUAUGCCUAUUUUCCGAGCUCGCACUCAAAAAGCAUUCAUAUGUGAGCAAUCAGAUGUGCGAGCACGCAAAAGAAUGCAAAUAGAAUUUUUGUCUUUGUGAAUUCCCCUUGUUCACUAUAGAGUCGGUUGCAUACAUGCACGUUCACGCUCGCAUAGAACUGUAUAGAGAACUUUAGUUGUAAUUUUUUCCAUAUUUGUAAUAGUCUCGAAAAGUUAUAAAUAUACAUUAGUAUU